AUGGUUUCACUGGUGCUCAUCCUCCUCCUAGCUCUCGUCGCCGUCCGCCCUGCCAACGGGUUCCGCCGCAGUGUCCACACCGCCGCAGCUACCACGGACCCUCGUCCUCCGCCGUGGCGCCACCACGUCUUCCUCAGCCACCGGGGACCCGAUGGCCGCCACACAUUCACCGACCACCUCGACUCAGCCCUCCGACGCAAAAGAAUCAACGUCUUCCGGGACGACCACGACCUCCCCCGGGGAGAAAACGUGACCGAGGCCAUCUCACGCGCCAUCGAGGAGUCCAUGCUGUCCAUCGUCGUGCUGAGCGGAGGCUACGCCUCGUCGGAGUACUGCCUUGACGAGCUGGUCAAGAUCAUGAACUGCAGGAAGGAGAACGGACACCGGGUUUUCCCCGUCUUCUACAAAGUGUCCCCGGACGAGGACGUCGCCGAUCCGUCGUCGUCUGGGGUUUACAAGGCCGACUUGGACCGUCACAAGAGAAGGCAUUCCUACGAGAGAGUGGCUAGCUGGAUCCACGCUCUCCGAUCCAUUUCCCAAAUCUCCGGUUGGGUCAUCCACGAUCACACGUAA